UUGUAUCCCUCUUCUUCUCUCUCGUCUCAUUCUUCCAGUCUCCUGCAGUUCGAGCUAAAGGCGUGUGUAUUGAAGUUAGCAAGAAAUGCGGUUUCAAAAGCUGACAAAAGUCUUCAGCGUAUAAAUCCCAACGGGAAAGAGAGGGGAAAAAUGUAUUUCAGUAGGGAUUCUUGAAAUUAUGGAGAGAUCACUAAAAUUUCUGCUGAAUGUGCUGACAGUGAGUAGUAAGUGAUAAAGCUUUAAUUUUUUUGUUAAUGUGGAGAGAUGAAUUCUUUCUUAAUCAGCUUGCAUUCUGUUUUCCUCCUACCUAUUGGAGCAGCUAGGUGGCGAAUUAUUCAAUUCACCAGCAAAAUCUGGGUCUGAAGGGUUUACGAGGGUUUUUUUGGUUGCUUUUUGGUGGCUGUGAGGAAAUAAAAAUAAAAUUGGACAAUAAUGGAAGUGGCGGCUGGUGGUACAGGUGGCUCUAGCGAUGGUGGUGCUGGUGAUGAAGGGGUUGAUAAGAGGAAGCAGUGCCGUAGGACUGGGUCCAGAGGAAACUGGAGGUGCAAAUCAGAAGCUAUUACUGGUAAAACUCUCUGCCAGAGGCACGAAAUUGAAUACAGACGUUUGUAUGAGAGGAGGAAAAUGAAGAAAAUCCAGCUGAAGGAAAAUCAAGAAAUAGGCAGUGGAGGAAAUUCUAACGCUGUUACUGUAAAUAGGGAUGUGGGUGGUGACACGGAGGUGGCGGCAGGCCUGGAAAAUCAGAUAAUUGAAGGCAGAGAAAGUCAAGGGCAAUUAAGCGUGGUUGUUGAGGGAAAUAGGGAUGAAGAUGGUGCUGCUCUUGGGGCAAAGAAGAAAGGAAGGCCGAAGGGAUCCAAGAAUAAGGAGAAGAAGAGAAGUCAUGAAGAAAAUGAUGAUACUGUUAGGAUUGCAAAAAGAGAGAGGCAAGAGAGUUCUGAAGAGGAAAAGAAAAUUGAAGUUGGAAAUGAAAUCGAGGCAAUGCAGGUGGCCAAUGAUGUUAAGAAUGAUGAAGGCAGUGAGGAUGAAAUGACAAUGGUUAGUGUCACUAGAAAAAGGGAGGUCUUAGGUACAGCUGGGUCACCACAGUCAGCAGGGAUUGUUCAGAAUGAGGAAGCCCUUAGAGAUCUUGGCAUCUAUGAGGAUAGGGGAAUUCCUAUGGAGGAUAGCAGUCAAGUUGUUAAAGGUGACCAUACGGUUGCAAAGAAGGGGCGGCCGAAGGGGUCAAAGAACAAGCAAAAGGUUGUCAUGACUGAUGAUAAGGAGAUGCUGGUUCGAGUUGAUAAAGGUGGAGAGCCCCUUGGAGAUGGGAUUGUGAAGAAGAAAGGAGGCAGCGGGAGGCCAAAGGGUUCCAAGAACAUAAAGAAACUUCUACCUAUGAUUGAGCAAAACCAGAAAAUGAAAGGUUGCAUUGUUGAUGGAGAAACACAUGCAUUGUCCGGUGAUGUUGAUGGAGUCUUAGGUAAAAAUUUUGCUGGUGAAAAUGAGGGUGAUGGGAUUAUUAAGAAAAUUGAUGGUCAUGGUAGUGGUCUUAGUAAUGAGCUUUCUGAUGGAGUUAAUCAGAAGGGUAAACGAGGGCGACCCAAGGGUUCGAAAAAUAAGAUGCCUUCUGGGAAGGAAGGGGAUAGCAAGCCCAAGGGGUUAAAGAAAAUUCUGCAGCCAAUUGGUUCUAGUGAAGUUCAGAUGUCUUCUGAACGGUUUAAUCUUUUCAGUUUUGAGAAUUCUCAGGAGAAGGAGAAACCUCAAAGGACUUGGGUUGCAGAAGAUAAUGAAUUUGCAUGCAUUGGGGAGCAAACGAACAAUCCAUCAAUUGUGGGAAUGUCGGAUGCCACCAAACAGAAGGAGCACAGGGGAUCAAUGUGUCACCAAUGCUUGAAGAGUGAUAACGUUGGUGUUGUCAUCUGUUCAAAAUGCAAGAAGAAACGUUACUGUUAUGAGUGCAUUGCAAAGUGGUAUCCUGAGAGGACAAAAGAGGAAAUUUUUAAAUCAUGCCCGUUUUGCUGUGGGAAUUGCAAUUGCAAAAUUUGCCUUCAGGCAGUUUUACUCGAAAAGGGUUGCCGGGAAGAAACCAAUGAGAGUAUCAGACUGGAAAGGUCCCUAUAUUUGCUAGUUAAAAUUCUACCUGUCCUGAGGCAUAUACAACAAGAGCAGAGGUCUGAGCUGGACAUUGAAGCCUGCAUACGUGGUGUUCAAUUGACUGAGGAUGAUAUAGUGGUUGCUGUAUUUGAGGAAGAUGAUCGGGUAUACUGUGACAAUUGCAAGACGUCCAUUGUCAAUUUCCACAGAAGCUGCCCAAACCCUGAUUGUUCUUAUGAAAUCUGCCUUGAUUGUUGUUCUGAACUCAGAAAAGGUAUUCAGCCUGGAAGUAUUGAGGCAAGAACUCUUCAUGUCAAUGGCAGUGUACAUGACAUGUCUUUUGACUUCCCUAAAUGGGAAGCAAAGAUUAAUGGCAGCAUACCGUGUCCUCCCAAAGAGCACGGUGGUUGUGGUUCCAAGGAUCUAGUGCUCAAACGGAUUUUUGAUGCUAAUUGGGUGGAUGAAUUAAUUAGGUGUACAGAGGACCUUACAUCCGGUAUACAGUCAACAGAUAUAGAAUUUUCUCAAAAAUGUUUUUUGUGCCUUGUUAAUCACUCUGCUCAAGACGGUAUUACUCGUAUGGAAGUAAGACAAGCAGCACAGAGAGAAAACAGUCAGGAUAACUUUCUGUACUGUCCUAAUGCUAUUGAUCCAGGAGAUUCUGAGUUUGAACAUUUUCAAAUGCACUGGAGGAGAGGUGAACCUGUCAUCGUUAGAAAUACACUGGCAAAGGCAUCGGGUCUUAGUUGGGAGCCAAUGGUGAUGUGGAGGGCCUUCAGACAUGCGAGCAAAAAAUUAAAAGCAGAGAAUUACUCUGUGAAGGCUAUUGACUGCAUGGAUUGGUGUGAGGUUGAGAUUAAUAUUCACCAGUUUUUUAGGGGCUACUUAGAGGGCCGUAAGCAUCUAAAUGGUUGGCCUCAAAUACUGAAGUUGAAGGACUGGCCACCUACAAGUUUAUUUGACGAAUGUUUACCAAGGCAUGGUAGUGAAUUCUUGGCCAUGCUUCCAUUUAGUGAUUAUACCCAUCCGAAAUCUGGUAUUUUGAAUCUUGCUACCAAGCUUCCUGAGGGUGCCUUAAAACCUGACUUGGGACCUAAAACUUAUAUCGCCUAUGGAUCCUCACAAGAACUCGGCAUAGGCAAUUCGGUUACCAACUUGCAUUGUGACAUUUCUGAUGCGGUUAACAUAUUGACGCAUACAACAAAGACGAAACCUGGCUCACUGAAAAGAAAAAAAAAUUCUAAAAUGAGAAGGGAAUCAGAGGUUGAGGAAUCAGAUGAACUUCAAGCUAUACAUGAACUUCGAACUGCAUGUGAAACAAAUUCACCCGACCAGUUUCAGAAAGGUCAAAAUGUGAAGGGAACUGAUGCUGGGAACAUAAAUGAUAGCGAAUAUUGUCCAGUGGAAAACAAAAUUGAUGAAAAAGAACAAAAAGAAUCCAGCAUGUCACUUGGAAAUGCUUGUCUUGAGACCGACAUUCCACCCGGGUUUUCGUAUUCAGAUAAAGGUGAAAACUUGUCCGUGCCUGAAGAUUCUCUUCAAAGUGGCAAAGACUGUCACAAGACUGUACAUGCAGGGGCUGUUUGGGACAUUUUUCGUAGGCAGGAUGUGCCCAAAUUAAUUGAAUACUUGCAAAAGCACUGGAAAGAAUUUCGCUAUUAUACAAUGUCUCCUUCGUAUUCAGUUGUUCAUCCUAUUCAUGACCAGACUUUUUAUAUAAAUGAGAAGCACAAGAAACAGUUGAAGGAGGAGUUUGAUGUUGAACCUUGGACGUUUGAGCAACACCUUGGUGAGGCUGUGUUCAUUCCCGCUGGGUGCCCACAUCAAGUGCGGAACAGACAGUCCUGUACGAAAGUCGCUGUGGACUUUGUAUCCCCUGACAACGUUCAAGAGUGUAUCAAAUUGACAAAGGAGUUUCGUUUGCUUCCUCAAAAUCAUAGAUCUAAGCAAGAUAUUUUAGAGGUGAAGAAGCUGGCUGUUUUUGCUGCAAGUGUUGCCACCAUUGAAGCCAGAACUCUGAUGUCAAAAUUAAAGAAUGCUGAUGAGUUGAAUUCUCGUGAUCCACCAAGCACAAUAGCUCAACAAACGGGGCAAGCUGUUUAGUUUGAGGGCUCUCUCUAUGGACAAAACUGGAAAUAUAGAUAAACGUCUUAAUACUUCAGAGGAUCGAGAUUCUGAAAGUUUUUCAUCACCCUUCGGAUAAACUAUUGUGGCCUGUUUCAAACUCGUAUAUUGCUGAUGUAUGUUUCAGUGUUAACCUUUGUACAUUUGUUUCAUCACAUGGUGCCCCAUAGAAACUAGAAAUUUUACAGACAUUUUGGUAGCAUACAUGCUUUAUCAUAGCUUCAUAGAUAGAAAUGUCGAUAGUCGGGAAACUUCUGUGUAAACUAAUAUGUAUUGCACCAUGUUGUGAAGUAUCUGCAUGCAGAUUUUUAUGAACAUUCUCUAAAACAAGUUGUCCAUUA